CGCCUCUUUGCACGUUCUAUACGCCAAAAUCAUUAAAAAAACACCGUUUUGUAUUAAUAAUUCCAAAUAACGCUAGCGUGUAUCAAUAUUUAGCAUAUUUCGAUACGUUGUUUGUGAUUCGUUGAGAUCAAUUGUGACAAAUCGGUGGGCAAUUUCCAAUUAUGAUUUUCGUGUUACUGUGAAGUACCUAGAUUUAUACCUGAUUCGUGCUUACCAAUGUGGUUUAGAAAUUCGCACUGAGGAUAAUGGAUGUCAUGUCUAAGGCACACGUGUGGUGGAGGUGAGAGAUGUGGGCGCGGUGGGCGGCGCUGGCGUUGCUCACGUGCGUCUGCGCCGCGCCCGCCGACCCGCCGCACGCACUCCAACAAUGUGACACCCUGAAUCUGAGGAGGCCGCCGCCGUUACCCACAAAUAUACGUGAAUAUGAGGCUGCCGUUGUCCAAAUAGCCCGUGCGUUAUCCGAGCUGGUAGACCAAGGCGUGGCUGAUGAAGCCAGAGCUUCAGCCCUGGCUAGGGCAGCAGCCAGAACUCCUCUCCACCCACCGCCAGCUGCUGUUGCGCUUGGAGCUCCGCAACUCCAUCUAGGAAUCUUAUACAUAUCGGAACCAGCUCGCCUCGUUGUCUUCCAACAGAACAACUCAGUCACAUUGCAGCCGUUCUGGCGUACCCUGGCCUCCGCUUGGAAUGCCAGUGUUGUCAUGUGGUCAAAUGCUUGGUAUUCAUGUGAAGGAGAGCCGGGCUGGUGGGGUGGAACGGCAGCAGCUAGGGGAAUGGGUUCCACGAGGGCAGCGGCUGCACUUUUCCGCAGUUUACCAACAUUACCGUGUGAAGACGCUAUGAAUGACUGGCUGGGAGGCACACCAUUAUGCGAUACCAUGACAACAGCUUGCGAAGCUCUUCCCGGAAGUAAUGGUCAGAAGUUGGAGUACCAAUGUAAAUGCCUUUCCAAUCACUGGCACCAAGAAGGUGGAGGCUGGUUAUCUCGUCUUAAGUUAAUGGAUAUUGGGAAGCUGUCUUGUACGCCUUGUGGCUUCGGAAGUAACGCCACAGCCUGUUUACCAGACACAUAUAGAGCAGCUUUAUUAGCUGCGAAUCUUACCGGCAUGCUUAUAUGCCUAAUUAUUGGGCUUGUUAUCUUUAAAAAGAGAAAAUGCAAGGCAGUUGCAGUGGGGAUGUGGACUGUUUUAGAAGUUAUUCUCCUUGGUGCAAUGUUCAUGUACGGCUCGGCUGCCGCACAGUACAUACCUGGGGCGCAAUGGCGCUGCAUUACAAGUGCAUGGCUACGAGAAUUGGGGUUCGUAGCGUGCUACGGCUCCGUCGUUCUCAGAUUAUGGGUGUUAUUAGCCGAAUUUCGGACUAGGAAGGCACAUAGAUGGACACCUAGAGAUGCAGAGGUUUUACGGAUAGUAGCAGCCAUGUUGAUAGGCGCUAGUUGCUAUCUGGCUGCUUUUACCGCGACUUCCGCCUGCGAAGACGACAUCGGGGGUGGAUGCGCAAACCCCGCCUGGCAUCACGUGACAGCUGGAGCCGAGAUUCUGUUGCUCAUUGCUGGUCUUCGGAUAGCACAUGCAGCGAGGAAUGCCAAUGUGCCCUUUCAGGAACGAGGGUGGCUAGCAUCUGCCUUAUGGGUAGAGGGCGCCAGUGGUCUUGCUUGGCGUCUAGCGGCGAUUUCGGGGGCAGCUCCUGAGAGAUCACCCCUUGUAUCAGCAGCACGAGCACAUUUAUCAUCGGGCGCUGCUUUGGCCUGUGUGCUGGCACCACGUUUGUGGCAUGGAUAUCGAGCCAGGUCGCUUGCUCAGGAAGUGUCACGUCGAGGUCCCGCAGAAGGAUUCGGAGCUGAAGCCGAAGAAGAGCCCUCGUCUGAAGAAGUCAGGGCCGAGCUGAAAAGGCUUUACGUCCAACUGGAGAUAUUACGCAAUAAAACCUUGCGCAGAGAUAACCCUCACAUCAGCAAGAGGAGAGGCGGGCGAAAACCGCCUCAUCGUCGAUUCUCUUUACAAAAAAAAGGCAGCCGAGAAAAGGCGCUUCAAGCACGACGCGGUGGUAAAAACAAGGCAAGUGGUAUUGAAGUUAGUGAAGCCGGGGACGCUUCGAGGACACCAGAAGACUCCGUGUGCUCAGUUGAAGGACCAUCACAUUUCACUGACGGUGACACUCAAGCGUGACUUAUUAAGAUGGUAUUAGUGCUACCAAAGAGUGUAUAAGUUUAAUUUGCACCCAUGAACAAUAUGUUGUUGAAUUGUUAAUCUUAUAGAAUAGCAAUAAUAAAUUUUUGUAUUAAUAGUCGUAUUUUGAACUUAAUUGACAUUGUUUCUCACAGUACCAGAAAUCUCGCAAUGGCAUUCCUGGCCUUUUAUAGACCACGUUACUAAACGUGAGCUAAAGCCAUUUAUAUUGGAAUAUUUAUAUAGGUCACGUCUGUUGCAAUGUCUUGGCACAGUCAUAGAUGUUAAUGAUGUUAGAAUUGAAUAAUUAUGUUUUUUCCUGAAGAAUAUAACACAAAAACCAUGUAUCUGGUUUUUUGAAGUUACAAGUUCUGACGCAAUCCUAAUCAUAUUAAUUCGAUUUGAGUCACCUUCGAAAUAAGACCUAAAUCGUAUGUAAUUAACUAAACCUUAAUGCGUGCAUAAAUUAUGCAUUAUACAUAAUAUAAUUAAACAAAGCCUCACUGACCGCAUAAAAUUUCCGCAAGGUCUCACAUACUCCAAUUUAUUAUCGUUUUUAGUUUAACUUAAUUGAAAUCUUUUAUACCAGACUUUGUUAUAUAUCUUAAAAGAUAUUUAACAAGGGUUUUAAUUCAUCUCGAGCAAGUGUGGAUUGCAUAAUAUAGAAUAAAUUGAUUGUCCUUCAACGGCAUUAUAAAAAAAUAUGAAUAAAAUUUAUAGUGACCAUGAAUGCGUAAAUUUUUGUGUAAUUAUAAUUUUGGUUUCUAGUCAUUUUAUUUAGUUGGUAUCAUAGACGAUAGACAGACCACAGUGUAUAAAUGGUUGAAUUUGAAAGUGUGGUUUCCAUUGUUCUAAAAUAACGCGCACAUAAUCCAUUACAUUUAUAGUUGUUAGAUGGUUAUGUAUGUUGUAAUAUUUGUUAUUGUUACUGUUAUGUUAUUUGGAUUAUUAGACGAAUUUUUCGAACGUAGAAAAAACGCACUGCUCGUAGUUCGUAACUUACUAUAGGUUUCACUAUUAUUAAGUUACAAGAUAGAGGUGUCAAAGGACUCAUGAAACACUCUAAGAGAUAAAGAGAUAAGAUAACAUAAGAUAAUAAAUAUAAAAACUUAAUUCGCCCGUGAAAUUACUAAGGAUGU